CGAAUUUUCCACGAUAGAAAAACGAGAGUCGACCAGCACCCAAGCCACCAGGGUUCAGAUAAAGCAGAUUAUCAUCACGACUCAACAAGACGACGAUGAAAUAAUUAGUUUGAUGACGACAAAGAAGAGUUACAAGAUGGAGAAAUCAGAGGAGGACAGUGUUGAUGGUGAUAAUGGCGACAUACUGAAAGAUCAAGGAUUGUCAGAACUCGUGGUCAAGUUCCGUAAAAUGAUCGAGAAUGAGGUUUUCAUUUCCGACGGACAAAACAAAUUUUAUUAUAAUGACGAUUUAUGCUACAAAUCAAAUGGUGACAAUUCGACAUGUAUUACACUUAACUCUUUACCGAUCGACAGUGUCGACGUCGGGACCUCUUUGGUGUUGAGAUAUGCACUUGAUGCGAAUGAUCCUUACAUGGCCAAUCUCGCCGAUGCCUGGGAAGAAAAAGUUGUCGGAUUGAAUGUCGAUAAUUUUGCUUCCUUCAACGGAAAACGACCGAUCCCUCAAGCCGAGAAAGGUUCUUUUGCUUGGCUGGCUUUCGUUGCCGGUAGUCUCGUAAACAAGAUCCAAGAACUAAUCCAGAAAGCGGACACCAUAGACAUAUUUGUGAUCUUUGCCGGAUAUGUGAGUGGUAUACCUUUUAUCCUUUCGUCUCCCGAGAUCUCAUCUGUCGAUCCGCUAACUCUUUCGUUCAUCUCGCAUGCAGCCAUGUGCGUCUUAUCCAACGGUUUCUUUGCUUUCAUGUUCGCCUUGUUGACAGUCAACCUGUUUGGUGUCACCGUAAAUCCGAUAUUAUUAAGUCAGGCGAUACCAUUCCUGGUGAUCACGGUGGGAUUUGAAAAACCCUGCGUCCUCACAAAAGCAGUGCUUACCGCAACACCUUCUGAUCCGAACGCCAUGAGUUCUGCCUCGGGCUUAUAUCAGAUUGAGGAAAAGAUAUCCGCCACCAUACCGUACAACGUGCGAGACAGCGUCAUCGCCGGGGUCACCAAAGAGGGUCCGAUGAUCGUCAGGGAUUAUUUGAUCGAGAUCGCCGUGUUAUUUAUGGGCGCAUUGUCAGGCGCCGCGGGAUUGCAGGAAUUUUGUUUCUUGGCCGGAUUCAUCUUGUUAUAUGAUUGCGCGUUUCUGUUUACCUUCUAUACCGCCAUGUUAACCCUCAAGCUCGAGUUGAAGAGAAUAAGGGAGACCCAAUCGACGAAAAAGCUCACGGAAAAAGAUGAACUAAAGAGUAGUUCUGCACAUGAUAUUAUUAAGGCUCUCCGAGAUAAUACGGUUGAGACCGAAGAGUCCAAGAAAUUUGAUAAUCCCAUGAUCUCCAGGGUUAAAUUGUUGAUUAUUGCGGGGUUCGUAAUAAUGCAUGUCCUAAAUUUCUGCACGACGCUUCACACGAAUGACGAUUCGAUUCAAGUGCCCUCGAUCGCACUCCUCUCUUCCCAACUGCCAACGGUCGACAUUCACGAUCCGUCCAUAAUGGUAACGCUUAACUCCCUACAAUCUAUGCAUCGAUCAAGUCCAAAAGCCUUCUUGCCGUUGAUCGUUGAUAUUGCACCACCGAUGAUCUUUAAAAUUGUUCAAAGCGGUUGCGGGAACACCACGCCAUAUCUGAUUCAAGAGUGCUAUAAAAGUUUCGAUUCUAUGUUUAACAUGUGGUCAUCAUACGUGCAGGAUUCGGUACUUUCAAAGUGGAUCUCGAUCGGUUUGGUGUUUUCAAUUGUCCUGAACGUCUACCUCCUGAACGCUUAUAAACAACCACAACACCGAACCGCUCUUGGAAGAGAAGAUUCCUCGACGACCGAUAACACCGAAAAUCACAAUACGUCAUCGGCUAUUGCUUCCCCUCCUGAACCAGAGAUUGUUCCAAUUGCCAAGGCCAUUGAAUUAAGCGUGAAGCUAACACCACCUUCCAAGAGUCCGACGACCACGGUUGUCGAGCAACAACCUGUAGAAGUUUCCAAACAUGUCAUCGAAACUCGUGACCCCAUGAAGAUCACCGAUUCAACAAGGACCGUGGACGAAUGUGUGGAUGUCCUGAAUUCUCCGCAGUCAGGUGGACCAUCAGCUUUGACCGAUGAAGAGGUGUUACUAUUGGUCAACAACGGGAAAAUUGCCCCCUAUGCGUUAGAGAAAGUUUUGGGAGAUCACGAGCGGGCGGUUAAAGUCAGGAGAGCUCUCAUCUCACGUUCCUCCACCACCAAGACGUUGGAGAGCUCCGCAUUGCCGGUAGAAAAUUAUGAUUAUACAAAGGUCGCGGGAUCGUGCUGUGAAAAUGUAAUUGGUUACAUGCCGAUACCUGUUGGAAUUGCUGGACCAAUGAAAAUCGACGGGGAGAUGGUACACAUACCAAUGGCAACUACCGAAGGGUGUCUCGUUGCGUCGACAUCACGCGGAUGCAAAGCCAUCAACGCCGGUGAAGGUGUUAUCACGGUGGUCACCCAAGAUGCGAUGACGCGCGGACCGUGCGUGGAAUUUCCAAAUAUUUCGAGGGCCGCAAAGGCGAAAGCAUGGUUGGAAGGCGAGGGACACGAAAUAAUUAAACAAUCAUUCGAUUCAACUUCAAGAUUCGCAAGGCUGAAAAAGUUGAAGGUGGCAUUGGCGGGCAGAUUAAUGUUCAUAAGAUUUGCAACCUCGACCGGAGAUGCGAUGGGCAUGAACAUGAUCUCAAAGGGGUGUGAGAAAGCAUUGUUGUUGAUGAACGAACAUUUCCCUGAUAUGCGGAUUAUAUCUGUUAGCGGAAAUUAUUGUACCGACAAGAAACCUGCGGCGAUAAAUUGGGUCGAAGGACGCGGCAAGUCCGUUGUGGCCGAAUCGAUAAUUUCCGGUGAUGUGGUGCGAAAGGUGUUGAAGACAAGCGUGCAGGCAUUGGUGGAGUUGAACAUAUCAAAAAAUCUAAUUGGAUCAGCGAUGGCGGGGUCGAUAGGUGGGUUCAAUGCACAUGCGGCGAACAUACUGACUGCUAUUUUCCUGGCCACCGGGCAAGAUCCGGCGCAAAAUGUAGAAAGCUCAAAUUGCAUAACAUUAAUGGAGGCCGUGAACGACGGGCAGGACUUGCAUAUGACAUGCACGAUGCCAUCAAUAGAGGUCGGAACCGUAGGGGGUGGUACGGUGCUGGAACCACAGGGUGCGAUGUUGGAGAUGCUGGGAGUCAAAGGACCACAUCCAACUGCACCAGGAGCCAACGCGCAAAAAUUGGCAAGAAUAAUUUGUGCGGCUGUGAUGGCUGGAGAGUUGAGUUUGUGCUCAGCUUUGGCUGCCGGACAUCUGGUCAAGUCUCACAUGGAACACAACCGGGCUAAACCACAUGUCGAACAUUCAGUACACCAACACAACUCGUUCCAUCAUGUACAAAAGCCACGCAGAAAAUCAUCAGUCUCAUUGGGCGAUACAAGGUCACCAAUAUCAAACUCACAUUCAAUACCGACGGCAAGACCGAGUGUGUCUGACUGUAAUUCAGCUUCGCAAGAUUCUGAAAAGGUCAUACUUGGCAGCUGCAUAAAAUCAUAA